AUGAGCAACACUAUUGCCUCUGAAUAUGGCCAUACAGAUACUUCUGUGCCAAUUGAACACAGGUUCAAUCCUUAUUCCGAUAAUGGUGGUACUAUUUUAGGUAUAGCUGGUGAAGACUUUGCGGUAUUGGCCGGUGACACAAGACAUACCAGUGGAUACUCCAUUAAUUCAAGAUUCCAGCCAAAAAUUAUGGAUUUGGGUGAUGAUUUGGUGAUGUCUGCCAAUGGGUUUUCCGCCGAUGGUGAUGCUUUAAUUAGAUCUUUCCAACAACAAUUGACCUGGUAUCAUUUUAAUAAUCAAAAUAAGAAACUUCGCCCAUCGAGUGCUGCCAGAUUAAUCCAGCACUUAUUGUAUGGCCACAGAUUCUUCCCAUAUUAUGUCCACACCAUCAUUGCCGGAUUAGACGAAGAAGGAAAGGGAGCAAUUUAUUCCUUUGAUCCUGUUGGAUCAUACGAAAGAGAACAGUGUAGAGCCGGUGGGGCUGCUGCCAGUUUGAUCAUGCCGUUCUUGGAUAACCAAGUGAAUUUCAAGAAUCAGUACGAUCCGGCUACUGGACAGGCCAGAUUGAAAACUUAUUUGAAAUUAGAUGAGGUUUUGAAUUUGGUUAGAGAUGCUUUUACUAGUGCCACUGAAAGACAUAUUGAAGUUGGUGAUUGUCUUCAAAUUAAAAUUAUUACUAAGGAAGGGGUUAGAGAGGAAUUUUAUCCAUUGAAGAGAGAUUGA